AUGGCACUACUUCAGCUUAUUUUAGUUUUCAUUCUCCUCUUUGCUGGGAGCUCAUCACUGAGGCUAGUAGAAUCAGUCAUUGGCAGUGGAACUGGAAGGAUGAUGAUCCUAGAUCGACAGAACGAGACGGAUCGACUUUCUUUGUUGGAGUUCAAGAAACAAACUUAUGACCCGUAUGAAGCACUAAGUUCUUGGAACGAUUCCAUCCAUUUCUGCAACUGGGAAGGUAUCACAUGUGGUCAUCGUCAUCAACAACGGGUUAUCCGUUUGGAUUUACAAGGUAAGGGCUUGGGAGGUAAUAUAUCUCGUUCCAUUGGAAAUCUCACUUUUCUUCAUUUCCUCAACAUUGCAAACAAUAGCUUUCAUGGCAAAAUCCCCCAAGAGGUCGGCAAUCUGAUUCGACUACAGUACAUUGUUUUCCACAACAACACUCUCGAAGGAGAACUUCCUACCAGCUUGGCCAAUUGCACUCGUCUGAGAGAAAUUCGUUUCUCCUAUAACAAUCUUAUGGGGAAGAUUCCGGUUGAACUAUUUAGAUCUUUGUUGAAGCUGGAGAUCAUUUAUAUUACUAAAAACGGCUUUACAGGAGAAAUACCAGCUUCUUUGGGGAACAUCUCCUCCCUCCGAGUUAUCCAUUUGAGUGAGAAUGGACUGCAGGGGAGCAUUCCAGAAUCCUUUGGUCAGCUAACAAAUUUGUACUUUCUAGCACUUUCUCUGAACAAGCUAGUUGGUAUGAUCCCUGUCUCACUAUAUAAUCUCUCAUCUCUUGAAAUGAUUUCUCUUCCAUUUAACCAACUCCAUGGGAGCCUUCCAAGGGACAUUGGCCUCACUCUUCCAAAUCUCAAAAAACUAGCAAUUGCACAUAACCUUUUCUUAGGGAGCAUUCCGAGUUCAAUCUCCAAUAUUUCAACAUUUGAAUUAAUUGAUCUUGGUGCAAACAGUUUUGUUGGGCCCAUCCCUAACAACUUAGGAAAUCUUCAAAACCUUCAAUGGUUCAGUAUUAGUGAAAAUCAAUGUGGAACAGGGGAAGCUGAUGAUUUAGAUUUUGUAAAGUCUUUGGUCAAUUGUACAAAUCUAGAGAUUUUGGACCUAACAGACAAUGGUUUUAAGGGUCCCAUUCCCAAUUUCAAAGCCAAUCUCUCAACACAACUCUCAAUGAUUUUCUUGGGAGGGAAUCAAAUAUCUGGAAUCAUUCCUACUAGGAUUGAGAAUCUCGUCAACUUAACCUUCUUGUCCAUGGAAAAUAACUUUCUCGAAGGUAAUAUUCCAUCUAGUGUAGGGAAACUUCCAAAGCUUCAAAGAUUAUCCUUGGAUGGAAAUAGACUUUCAGGACAUAUACCUUCUUCUAUAGGCAAUCUCACUGUUUUGUACGAACUCUAUUUAGAUGCCAACAACUUGAAUGGAAGCAUUCCUUCCAGCAUUGGAAAUUGUCAACAGUUACAGUACCUAACCUUUUCUAAUAAUAACCUCCAAGGCCCAGUACCUAAACAACUCUUCCUUAUCCCUUCCUUAUCUAUAUCUCUCAAUUUAUCUUCUAAUUCUCUUGUUGGUUCCCUACCAAUUGAAAUUGGUAACUUGAAGAGUCUUUCUACAAUAGAUAUCUCCAAAAAUAGACUAUCUGGAGAAAUCCCCUCCUCCAUUGGUGAUUGUAAUAGUUUGGAACAUCUUUAUAUGGGGGGUAAUUUCUUUGAAGGAACCGUUCCUCAAUCUUUGACUCUUUUGAAGGGGCUUCGAGAUUUAGAUCUCUCACACAACAAUUUAUCAGGGCAAAUCCCGAAAGAUCUACAAAAUCUUUUAGCAUUGUGGAGUUUGAAUUUAUCCUUCAAUAGUCUUGAGGGGGAGGUACCAACAAAAGGAAUCUUUGGAAAUAAAAGUGCAAUUUUGGUGAACGGAAAUGAUAAGCUUUGUGGAGGAAUUGCGGAGUUACAUCUUCCUGCAUGCAAAAAACAUAGAUCUACAAAACGAGAAAAGUCCAAUGCUAUUAGAAUAGGUUUGGCGAUAAUCGUUGUGGUUCUUGCUUUUCUUUUGAUAUUUUCCUUUCUUACUUUUUAUUGGAUAAGAAGAUCAAAAAGUAAACCACAAUCCACAUCAUUAAUCGGUGAACAAUUCUUAAAGCUUUCUUACAAAGAGCUCUUCCAAGCUACUGGAGGAUUUGCUUCAGCUAAUUUCAUUGGUUCUGGUAGUUUUGGUUCUGUAUACAAAGGGAUUAUCAACCAAGAUGAAACCAUUGUUGCAGUCAAAGUACUCAACCUUCAAAAUCCAAUAGCUUACAAGAGCUUUUUGGCUGAGUGCGAAGCAUUAAGAAACAUUCGGCAUCGUAAUCUUGUCAAGAUUUUAACUUCCUGUUCAAGUCUUGAUUCAAAAGGCAAAGAUUUCAAAGCCCUUGUUUAUGAGUUCAUGCCCAAUGAGAGUCUGGAUGAUUGGUUGCAUUUGCCGAUGGAGUCAAACAAUCAUUCAAGGAGUUUAAGCCUUCUUCAAAGAUUAAACAUUGCAAUUGAUGUGGCUUCUGCAUUGGAUUACCUUCAUUACCACUGUUAUGCGACAAUUGUUCAUUGUGACUUGAAGCCAAGCAAUAUUCUACUUGACAGUGAUAUGGCUGCACAUGUCAGUGAUUUUGGUUUGAUGAGGCUACUUUUAGAACCCGACGACAAUUCAUCCCAAAAUCGAACUAGUACUAUUGGGAUAAAAGGAUCGAUUGGCUACACUGCUCCAGAAUAUGGCAUGGGUGGAAGAGCAAGUAUACAAGGGGACAUGUUUAGCUAUGGGAUCCUUUUAUUGGAGAUGUUCACUGGGAAAAGGCCAACAUAUCAAAUGUUUACUGAUGACUUAAAUCUCCAUAACUUUGCAAAGGCAGCUUUACCCACACACGUGAUGCAAAUUUUAGAUCCAACACUGCUACCCAAGGAAGAACAAAUUGAAGAGGAUGUUAUCAACAAAACUGAAGGUCCUAGUCAUAUGACAGAUAACUUGCAAGAUUGCAUAACAUCAAUAAUUGAAAUUGCAGUCAAGUGCUCCAUGGAAUUGCCAAGAGAACGUAUGAACAUGAACGAUGUUUUGAGAGGACUACAUUUAAUCAAAGGAAAAAUUUCUAGAAACAAGAAUAUAUCAAUAGAGAGCAACCAUGCCUGA